AUGCCAGAACUCCCAGAAGUUGAACGGGCUGCUGCUCUCAUACGCGAAAUUGGCACAGGAAAGCGCAUAGACCGCGUUGAGACCGUUCAGGACGACAUCGUCUUCUCCGGUAUAAGCCACAACGAAUUUGCUCAUGAAAUCACUGGCCGAACCAUUCAAGAUGCAAGGCGCUACGGGAAAGUGUUCUACGUUCAACUCGAUGGCGAGGGCAGACUACCUGUUCUCCACUUUGGAAUGACGGGAAUGCUUCAAGUCAAAGGUCAAUUAGCGACAUAUUAUAAGGAAACACCACGUUCAGCUUCAACACAAUGGCCGCCACGAUUCAUGAAAUUCAUCUUACAUCUACACGACCCCGUCUCUGGAGAGACAACCCAUCUGGCGUUCUUAGAUGCUCGCCGACUUGGUCGCAUCCGUCUCUGUGCUUCGCCUCUGGAGGAACCUCCAAUAUGUGACCUUGGAUACGAUCCCAUAAUAUCGAUGCCUCCUCUCGCCGAGUUUCAAGCCAAAUUGUUGAAGCGCACGUGUCCGAUAAAGGCGUUGUUGCUUGACCAAUCGUUCACCGCUGGUGUUGGGAAUUGGGUUGCUGAUGAAAUUCUUUAUCACGCUCGCGUACACCCCGAGCAAAGGUGUAACACGUUACUCGAAGAACAUAUAGCUGCCAUUCAUCACCACACCGCUGAAGUCUGCAAACUAGCCGUCGCGGUCAAUGCAGACGACACCAAGUUUCCCGAGGAUUGGCUUAUGAAACAUAGAUGGGGCAAAGGCAAAAAGAAAGCUCACACUCUCAACUUGCCUUCAGGAGGUCUGGCUACCAUCAAAUGGGUGACAGUUGGAGGGAGGACUUCAGCAUUUGUUGAGGAGCUUCAGCCGCUCAGAAAACCAGGUAUAAGUGUAAAGGAUGCUGAAGAGGGUAGUGAGAGUGAUUUACCAGACUUAACCGAUUCGGACAUGGAAGACCCUCAAUCUGUACAACAGGCAAAGCGCAAGCGACAGCCACCUCGUCGUACGUCUCGGCAUUUCAAGAACCAGGAGACCUCCAAGCCAAAUCCUGGGUCAAAGAAGCGUGCUAGACAGUCGUAA